CAAGUAAGAAAAUGUCAAAUGUCAAUUUUUGAUGUCAAAUGACAACAAAAAGUUUGAAGGUGGAAGCUAACAAAUUGUUUAAUUUUUCUGCAUAAUUACUGCAGAACUGUUAAUUUCGUGAAAUUAAUUUAAUAAGUACUGUGAGGAACUAUCAAUGGAGUGUCCAAAUAAGUGAUUUUCAUAGUUUUAUUGACUAUAACAUAACCCUACUUUUCGCCCUAUAAGUUUAUUAUCACCAUGUCGGUGCCCAAUUUGACCAACAACCUGAUCCAGCCGCAGAACAUCGUAAUCAACCAAGUGCCCAUCCCCCACACUAUCAUGACGAACGUCAAUGCAAACAACGGAAUUCCUCUCACAGCAUUAUCGCACGCCCCUGCUACAGUCGAUCAAUCAAAUGAGAUGAAACCUGGGAUUGUUGUGGAGACAAUUCCCAUGGCGGGGGCAAGCCUCGUGGGAGUCCAGACGGUGCAAACCCCAAUGAAGACCGUUCAGGGUUCAGAUCAUGCCCAAAUUUUGACCAAACAGAGACUCCAAGACCUGGUGCGCGACACCGACUCCACGCUUAACCUUGAGGACGAGGUUGAGGAAAUAAUAUUGAAUUACGUGGACGAGUUUGUUGAUCGGUGUCUCAAUGGGGCUGCCCUAAUCGCGAAAAAUCGGCGAGUUAAUACGAUUGAAGUGAAAGAUGUUCAGCAGUUCUUGAAUAGGAAUUAUAAUAUGUGGACCCCUGGGUUUGGAACAGAUGAGUUGAGGCCGUACAAGAGGAGUCUCACAACGGAGGCGCACAAACAGCGUCUAGCAUUGAUCAGAAAGACUUUGAAGAAAUAUUGAAUUUGUUUAUUUUUGUAAAUAAAAGACGAUUCACAGUCAGAAUAUUUAUUGCUAUAUUCAACCAAUAGUAUAAUACAAAUAUAGUAAAAAUACA